CAGACAAGAAGUUGCUAUUGACGAGCAAACCAGAAGGCAUAAAAAAUAGCAUAUAACUGAAAAAAUUCCCAAUCCCAAUCCAAAAACAAAAACUGUCAAAACAAGGAGCUUAAAUAAAAGAAAGAAAUUUCUGGACAAAGAGAAAGAAGACAUUUUCAUUAACGGAAAAAAGAGUAGAGACAAAAACAUUGUUGUAAGAGUCUCUGGUCAGAUUGUCGAGAGAGGUUUUAUUGCUCGUAGCUAUUUUUUGCUUCCCACCAUCAUGAUGAUGUUGAUGCGUUGAACUUGGUUUUAAUUCAAGUUGGUCUGAAGCAACAGAGAGGUCAGACUGAGCUUCAUUUGCUGUUUAAUAGCUAAAGUUUCAUUCUUGGGUGGUUUCAAUUGGAAAAGCUGGUUCCUUUGUUUGUGGGCAAUAUUGUGAUCCUUUCCCUGGAAGGUGAACUGCGUUUCGUUGGAAGAAAAUAUAGUUUAGCUAGUUUUCUAAUAAAUUAAAGUCGGGGAAAUAGGAAGACAGGAAGGAGAAGUAUAUCCCAGGAUAAUUGGGUGACUAAGAUUUCAAGUUUAAUCAUGUCGGUAGCAUUCCUAUGGAUUGUCACCCCAAGCGUAGAGAUAUCAAAUAGCUUCGGGUUCUUCGAUUCCGUUCGAGAUGGAAACCGGCUUUUAGAUUCAUCAAUGCCUGUAUCCCGAGAUUGGGGAUCAAUUAGAGCAAAGAAGAGUAGGAAACAGAAAUGGAAUCAUUGCUCUCUAGGUACAGAUUUGAAUUAUUCAUCCGUUGGCGGGUCUGGCUUAGAGAGUGGAAGCAACUUCCCUGUGUUAUCGAGCAUGGUAGCAAACCCUGCAGGAGAAAUGGCUAUAUCAUCAGAGCAGAAGGUUUACAAUGUGGUGCUAAAGCAGGCAGCCUUAGUUAAGAAGCAAUUGAGCUCUAGUGGGGAUCUUGAUGUGAAGCUGGAUAUUGUUCUUCCUGGGACACUGAGCUUGUUAAACGAAGCUUAUGACCGUUGCGGAGAAGUUUGUGCAGAGUAUGCAAAGACAUUUUACCUAGGAACUCUGCUAAUGACCCCUGAAAGGCGAAGGGCUAUCUGGGCAAUAUAUGUGUGGUGUAGGAGGACAGAUGAGCUUGUUGAUGGGCCUAAUGCUUCACACAUAACACCAUCAGCUUUAGACAGGUGGGAGGCACGGUUGGAAGAUCUUUUUCAAGGUCGUCCAUUUGACAUGCUUGAUGCUGCUUUAUCCGAUACAGUUGUGAAAUUCCCUGUUGAUAUCCAGCCAUUCAAAGAUAUGAUUGAAGGAAUGAGAAUGGACCUAAAGAAGUCAAGAUACAAAAGUUUUGAUGAUCUAUAUCUCUAUUGUUAUUAUGUUGCUGGAACAGUUGGAUUAAUGAGUGUUCCAAUCAUGGGCAUUGCACCUGAGUCGCAAGCAACAACAGAGAGUGUAUAUAAUGCUGCCUUGGCAUUAGGGAUUGCAAAUCAGCUAACCAACAUACUCAGGGAUGUUGGAGAAGAUGCUGGAAGAGGCAGGAUUUAUCUACCACAGGACGAGCUUGCUCAGGCAGGGCUUUCAGAUGAUGACAUAUUCGUCGGAAAGGUGACAGACAAAUGGAGAAAUUUCAUGAAGAAUCAAAUAAAGAGGGCAAGGAUGUUCUUUGAUGAGGCAGAGAAAGGGGUGACAGAACUGAGUGCAGCUAGUCGAUGGCCGGUAUGGGCGUCCUUGCUAUUGUACCGCCAAAUAUUGGACGAGAUAGAAGCCAAUGACUACAACAACUUCACGAAGAGGGCUUAUGUAAGCAAAGCCAAGAAGUUACUUGCUUUGCCGAUUGCAUAUACGAGAUCUCUUAUCCCACCAUCAAGAACAUCGUCUCUGUUGACGAAGGCAUGAAUCCAAACUUGAACAUAAAAUUGCAGAUCGAACUGAUUAUAUGGGGAAAUAACUUUGUAAAAAGAGAAAAAUGAAUAGCAUAAGUUGUGAUUGUAUAUCAUCAGACCUUGUAUUGCAGAUGGUAUUCAUCGUUAGAAGCACCCUCCAAAGGUUCCUUCAAAAGCAAGCAAAGCAAUGGCCAAUGACAUAGGAUUUCCAAACUCAUUAUACACCCUUGGUAUGUUAGAAAGCAGCUAUAAGGAAGUAACAUGACACUUCAAAAGAACGUGCUUGUUUUAAGCAAUUUGACCAUAUUGAGAUGGUAGAAUCAUACUGGUUAUUGGGA